UGGGACCGGGGCCGGGUUUGGGGUCGGGGUCGGGGCUGGCGGGGGGAGGCUUUCUCUCCCCCCCGGUCGCUAACCCGGUGCCCCGGCGCUGCCGCCCGCAGUGUUCGAGCAGUACCAGCGCGCCCGGACCCAGUUCGUGCAGGCGGUGGCCGAGUUCGCCGCCCGGCCCCACAACAUCGAGAUCCUCCAAAACGCAGAAGUGUUUUGUACCUAUGAAAAUUGGGCAGAAACAUUGCUAUGCAUCAGCAGUGCUAUCCAAGUGCCGACUUCAUUUCAGAGGAACACCUGGAUUUCCUACAAGUUCUUAGGACCUGGAAGAGGUUUUUAUGAAUAAAGGCAAAUAUUUAGAAAAAUUCCUGCUUACCAAAUGGGCUUUUCUCUUCCUGGUGUAACUCAGGUGUAAUGUCUUUGCUGAGACCUCUUUUGCUGGAUGUCGUCCCAACUAUUCAACAGACUGCAGCUUUGGCUCUUGGGAGACUUGCCAAUUAUAACGAUGCCCUGGCAGAGGCAGUUGUGAAGGAAAACAUUCUUCCACAUCUCAUGUGUUCAUUGUCUGAGCAGAAUCGUUUCUACAAGAAAGCAGCAGCAUUUGUGCUAAGAGCAGUUGGUAAACAUUCUCCACAACUAGCUCAGGCAAUAGUUCAGUGUGGAGCUCUGGAAAUGCUUGUGAUUUGCUUGGAAGAUUUUGACCCUGGAGUCAAAGAAGCUGCAUCUUGGGCACUUGCGUAUAUUGCCCGACAUAAUUCAGAACUGUCACAAGCUGUGGUGGAUGCAGGAGCUGUUCCUCUUUUAGUGCUCUGUAUCCAGGAGCCAGAAAUUGCUUUGAAAAGGAUUGCUGCUUCAACUCUCAGUGAUAUUUCAAAGCAUUCUCCAGAGUUAGCACAGACAGUAGUGGAUGCAGGAGCUAUCGCUCACUUAGCUCAGAUGAUCCUGAACCCUGAUGCUAAACUGAAGCGUCAGGUGCUGUCAGCUCUAAGCCAAAUAGCAAAACAUUCAGUGGAUCUUGCUGAGUUGGUGGUUGAAGCAGAAAUUUUCCCAGUUGUGCUCACAUGCCUGAAGGACUCAGAUGAAUAUGUCAAGAAAAAUGGUGCAACUUUAAUUAGAGAGAUAGCAAAGCACACGCCUGAGCUUUCACAGCUUAUAGUAAAUGCAGGUGGAGUUGCUGCUGUGAUUGAUUGUAUUGGCAGCUGCAGAGGGACUGUCAGACUGCCUGGCAUCAUGAUGCUUGGUUACGUAGCAGCUCACUCGGAGAACCUGUCAAUGGCAGUGAUUGUCUCCAAGGGAAUACCACCACUGUGUGCCUGUUUGGUAGAAGAACAUGAAGAUCAUAUUAAGGCAGCGGCUGUCUGGGCCUUGGGACAGAUUGGAAGACAUACUCCUGAGCACGCACGUGCUGUUGCAGUAGCAAACGUGCUACCCACACUCCUUGCUAUGUAUAUGGACACACACAGCUCAGAGGAUCUUCAAAUGAAAAGUAAAAGGGCCUUAAAGAACAUCCUUCAGAAAUGCACGUAUCUUCCAGCACUUGAACCAUUGCUGCAUGAUGCCCCUCCCAAUAUUAUGAAACAUAUUGUUGGGCAGUUUAGUAAGGUGUUACCACAUGACAGUAAAGCACGUCGUCUCUUUGUAACAACUGGUGGACUUAAAAAGGUACAAGAAAUAAAAGCAGAGCCUGGGUCACUUCUUCAGGAAUAUAUCAACACUAUUAAUAAUUGCUAUCCAGAGGAAAUAGUGAGGUAUUAUACCCCUGGAUAUUCUGAGCUACUUCUGGAAAGGGUGGAAAAUUACCAUCCAGUUAUGUAAACUUCAUUUUUUUUAUUGGAGCUGUAUUUCACAUUUAUGCCUUUAUGACUGUAAUACAAAUACAGCUGUUGAAACUCUUGUUUGAUUCUGAAAUCUCCUUCUACUGAUUGAGCUACUGAAAGAACUCAGCAAUUCUGGCAAGCUAUACUUUGUUCUUUAUAAACUUGUUUGUUGCUAAGUUUUCAUUCUUUUUUGUUUUUCUCUAACAUUACUACCAGAUAUUGCAGCAUAUAUGAAUGGAAUUUCAUGCAGGGAUGAUGAUUUAUCACAGAAGCUUUUUUAGAAUCAGUCAUUUCCUUUUCCUUCCACAAGAAAGGUUUGUUAUUAUCUCAUUCAAAUUUUAGCCUUCUCAGUACUGUAACCAUUUUCCCCUUUUGCCUUUGCAUAUUGUUUAGAGCUUCCCAAGCUUGAUGAGGGGGAAAAAGCUGGCCCCUGUGCUUUUUCUAAUUAUAGAAUCCAUUCUGCACUGAGAUAUCUCCUACUGCUACCUUUCAGAAACUAAUGUGGUGUGAUUUUGUAUCUCCAAAGAUGUUAGUAGCUGCUAAAUAAAGACAUUAUCAGAUCUGAUGAUGAUGAAA